AUGGAGUCCGUGAAGACGAGAGCUGCGGCAGGGGUGAAGGAAUUUGCGGGGAAGACCCUGGGUCAUAUGUACAGGGUGAUAGAGAGGAAACAGAAAUCCGGGGAGGUGAUCGAGCUGACAGAGGAUGGGCGUCCCCGGGAGGCCGCGGAGAAGAAACCCCCGCUGUGCGACUGCAACUGCUUCGGUCUGCCUCGGCGCUACAUCAUCGCCAUGAUGAGCGGCCUGGGCUUCUGCAUCUCCUUCGGUAUCCGGUGUAACCUGGGCGUGGCUAUAGUGGGCAUGGUCAAUAACAGCACCAUCCACCAGAACGGGAAGAUCAUCAUCAAAGAGAAAGCCAAGUUCAACUGGGAUCCAGAGACGGUGGGAAUGAUUCACGGAUCUUUUUUCUGGGGCUACAUAGUGACGCAGAUCCCGGGAGGAUACAUAUCCUCCAGACUGGCAGCAAACAGGGUGUUUGGUGCAGCCAUUGUCCUUACCUCGACUCUCAACAUGUUCAUUCCCUCAGCUGCCCGAGUCCAUUAUGGGUGUGUCAUUUUUGUCAGGAUAUUACAAGGGCUUGUGGAGGGAGUCACCUAUCCAGCUUGUCAUGGCAUCUGGAGUAAGUGGGCUCCACCACUGGAAAGGAGUCGUCUGGCCACCAUCUCUUUUUGUGGCUCUUAUGCCGGUGCUGUGAUAGCGAUGCCUCUAGCUGGGAUCCUGGUUCAGUAUUCAGGCUGGUCCUCAGUAUUCUAUGUCUACGGGUGCUUUGGCAUAUUUUGGUACAUGUUCUGGAUCCUCGUGUCUUAUGAGAGCCCUGCUGAACAUCCAACCAUCACUGAUGAGGAGCGCUGCUACAUUGAGGAGAGCAUUGGAGAGAGUGCCACUCUAAUGGGUCCUGCUGAGAAAUUCAAGACCCCCUGGAGGCAGUUCUUCACUUCAAUGCCCGUCUAUGCAAUCAUCGUGGCCAACUUCUGCAGGAGCUGGACGUUUUACCUGCUGCUCAUCAGUCAGCCUGCAUACUUUGAGGAGGUGUUUGGCUUUGAGAUAAGCAAGGUUGGCAUGGUGUCUGCUCUGCCCCAUCUGGUGAUGACCAUCAUUGUGCCCAUCGGUGGCCAGCUGGCCGACUACCUGCGCAGUCACAACAUCCUGUCAACUACCACUGUCAGGAAGAUCAUGAACUGUGGAGGAUUUGGCAUGGAGGCCACAUUGCUGCUGGUGGUAGGAUAUUCCCACAGCAAAGGCAUGGCGAUCUCCUUCCUGGUGCUGGCUGUGGGCUUCAGUGGAUUUGCUAUAUCAGGCUUUAAUGUCAAUCACUUGGAUAUCGCGCCACGUUAUGCCAGUAUCCUUAUGGGCAUCUCUAAUGGUGUGGGUACCCUGUCUGGGAUGGUGUGUCCACUGAUUGUUGGUGCUAUGACAAAAAACAAGACUCGAGAAGAGUGGCAGUAUGUGUUCCUGAUUGCCUCCAUGGUGCAUUAUGGGGGUGUGGUGUUCUAUGGCCUCUUUGCAUCAGGAGAAAAACAGCCGUGGGCCGACCCUGAACUGACCAGCGAGGAGAAGUGUGGCUUCAUUGAUGAGGACGAGCUGGCAGAAGAGACGGGCGACAUCACUCAGAACUAUGGCACUUACGGAGGACCUAGCAAGUCGUACGGUGCCACCACACAGGUGAAUGGUGGCUGGGCUGCUGGCUGGGAGAAGACGGAGGAGUAUGUCCAGGAAGAAGCACAAGGAGGAGGCUAUGGAUACAGGCAGGAUGAGGGAUACUCUUAG